GUCGCCUUAUGAGAUGCCGGCACCCGGAAGUUCUGCAAGGGUAUAUGCUUAGUGUUUUCAUGAUGCUACUUAAAAGUAUUUUGUCAUCCUAUCUUAAAAUAAUGAGAACUAUUUAUCCAAAAGAAUAGAAAAUAUGGUGUAGGAUUCUGAAGCUAAAAAGUUAAGGGUGUGACUUUUCAAGAUGAAUUUCUGUACUAUGGCCCAUGGUGCUGUUCAGUGUUUAUUCAGAGCAACCUGUAGAACGCACCCAGGAAAAACUUUUUCACCACAGCUAAUGUCCUAUGAAUUCUUUCAUCGCUCAUUAAACAAGGAGCUGUCAUCACAGUGGAAAAUGGACCAUCUGGACAGAACAGCCAAUAAUUUCCGCCAGCAGAUAAUUUCUCAAGCCAAAGUAUGUAGGAUCACCACUGAAUCUGAAACUGUUAAAAGAGUCCGUUUUGCAGUGCAAAACAAAGAUUUUACGUUUAAACCUGGACAGUGGGUAGAUUUCUUUAUUCCUGGAAUUUCAAAAGUUGGAGGCUUCUCUAUUUGUUCAAGCCCGAGACUACUGCAAAAGGAUGGAGUAUUAGAACUAGCUGUAAAGUACAGCACUUAUCCUCCAGCUAAAUGGAUUCAUACUCAGUGUACCCUGGAUUCAGAAGUAGAACUACGAGUAGGUGGUGAUUUCUUCUUUGAUCCUGAUCUAGACAGCCCACCUGUGAACCUCUUAAUGAUAGCUGGUGGAGUAGGAAUUAACCCUCUGGUUUCUAUAUUGCUGCAUGUAGCAGAUCUUCAUAGACUUCAUCAAAGUCGGGUCACCGAAUAUGAGCCAGGCUUUGUGAAUCUUUUGUAUAGUGCAAAAAAUACAGAUGAAUUGCUGUUUAAGAAAACAUUGCUAGAUCUGGCAGAUAAGUUUCCAGGGAAAAUUGACUGCAGUUUUCAUGUUACACAGCAGAUAACACCAGUAUGCGAGUACCUUAGGCCUUAUGUAACUGAAGGAAGAAUAUCUGAGCAAAUCCUUGCAAAACAUUUGUCACAAGACUGCCUGUGUUAUAUCUGUGGUCCUCCACCUAUGAUUGAAUCUACUUCUCAACAACUUGAAAACCUUGGCGCGCCCAGAGACUGGAUUCAUUUUGAGAAGUGGUGGUAAUAAACAGUGAAAUUCGGCAGACAAACUUCACCGUGGCACUAAAUACUUUGUAGCUGUAUUACUAAGGAUGUACCUGAAGACACAUUUUUAUUAAAUUAUUAAACCUUGAGUUUUUAUUAAGGAAUAAAAAUAUGGUUUAUACCUCAA